GCAACUUUCUCCUCUACACCCCCCAUCAUCAUCUCCCACACUUUCAAACCAAAAAAGUCGUCGCCAUUAUGGCCGGCGGUGGAAUUCCAACCGCUCCCGGCGGUGAUAAAGCUUACCCCGGGAACCUCACUCUUUAUGUCACCUUCACCUGUGUUGUUGCAGCCAUGGGUGGUCUCAUUUUCGGUUACGACAUCGGAAUCUCCGGUGGAGUGACGGCGAUGGAUCCGUUUUUGAUGAAGUUCUUCCCGUCGGUGUACCGGAAACAGUCGGCGGAUACGUCGACGAACCAGUAUUGUAAGUUUGAUAGUCAGACGUUGACUAUGUUUACGUCGUCGUUGUAUCUGGCGGCGUUGUUGUCGUCGUUGGUGGCGUCGACGGUGACUCGGAAACUUGGCCGGAAACUUUCGAUGUUGUUCGGCGGUGUAUUGUUUUGCGCCGGUGCAAUGAUUAACGGUUUUGCUCAGGCCGUUUGGAUGCUUAUUGUUGGUCGGAUCCUUCUCGGGUUUGGUAUCGGAUUUGCCAAUCAGUCUGUCCCACUAUACCUUUCGGAAAUGGCACCGUACAAGUACCGAGGGUCGCUCAAUAUCGGAUUCCAAUUGUCGAUCACAAUUGGAAUCCUGGUGGCGAACGUGUUGAAUUAUUUCUUCAACAAGCUGGAUGGGAAUCUGGGAUGGCGGUUGAGUCUCGGGGGUGCGGUGGUCCCCGCGUUGAUUAUCACUGUAGGGUCCUUGAUCCUCCCUGAAACCCCUAACUCGAUGAUUGAGCGAGGUCAGAGUGACGAGGCGAAAACGAAGCUUCGUAGAAUUCGAGGGGUUCAUGAUGUAGAUGAGGAGUUCAAUGAUCUUGUUCACGCGAGUGAAGAAUCGAGGAAGAUCGAACAUCCGUGGAGGAAUUUGUUGCAAAAGAAAUACAGGCCGCAGUUGACUAUGGCUAUAUUGAUCCCGUUUUUCCAACAACUGACUGGGAUAAACGUUAUUAUGUUUUACGCUCCGGUUUUGUUCAAAACCAUCGGUUUUGGUAGCGAUGCUUCGCUUAUGUCUGCUGUGAUUACCGGUUCCGUAAACGUCCUAGCAACUUGUGUUUCGAUUUACGGUGUUGAUAAAUGGGGACGCAGAUUUCUUUUCCUCGAAGGAGGCACUCAGAUGCUCAUUUGUCAGGUUGCCGUUGCGGUUUUCAUAGCGAUCAAAUUCGGAGUAAACGGAGAUCCGGGCGAUUUGCCCAAAUGGUACGCCAUAGUGGUGGUGCUCUUCAUAUGCAUAUACGUUGCAGGGUUCGCAUGGUCGUGGGGCCCACUAGGGUGGCUCGUACCCAGUGAAAUCUUCCCCCUCGAGAUCCGAUCUGCCGCCCAGAGUAUCAACGUUUCCGUUAACAUGAUCUUCACGUUCAUAAUCGCUCAAGUGUUCUUAAUGAUGCUCUGCCACCUGAAAUUCGGGCUUUUCCUCUUCUUCGCCUUUUGGGUUGUCAUCAUGACGAUUUUCGUGUAUUUCUUCUUACCGGAAACGAAGAACAUUCCGAUCGAAGAAAUGGUGAUCGUAUGGAAGAACCAUUGGUUUUGGUCGAGAUUUAUGGUGGAUGUGGAGUAUCCGAACGGAGUUGAAUUAAGCAAAGGAGGCGAUGUUGUUAAAAAAGUAUAACUUUUUUCCCGAAUUCAGUUGUUGUAUUGUUUUAGAGAUUUGUACGUUGUCUAUUAAUAGUUACGUCUUAAAAGAUCGACUCAAAAAAAGGGUUUGACUUUUUAAAGUCCUAGUAAAUAUAAAUUGGUUAAUGGUGUUAAAAAGGGUAAUGUGUAAUUUGGCUCUUGAAUAUUUAUUGUUUAGAAUAUUUAUUUUAAUGGAAAUAUCCCUUUUUAUAGUGC